UUUUGGUAUGCAUUAAACGCCACUGCCCCCUCCUGGGGGUAGGACCCGGCCUGAUUCUUGGUGGCUUGCGAGGAUAGAGAGAGAGAGGAGGCCCUGAGAUCUCUCCUGAUCAGUGCCAAGAUCACCCGAGGGGCCUGCUUGUUUUCCAUCAUCCGAUCCAAGUGGGCGUCGAUCGUCUUCCUCCCUCGUGCUUGUUCCUGAGCAUGAUAAAACCCCUCCCUGACCUCCUCCAACUGCUCCCUGCUUCGAGAGUACUACUAGUAAAAGGGAGAGAUCGCCUCAAGGUCGUCGUCUCAAUCCACAGCCCCAUUCGUUCGCAUUGUAGGCGUUCUAUUAGGAAAUGGUCUCCUUGCCAUUUUAGGUUGCAUGUCCUAAUUCCAGCUUCUCCUUCUCCCUGUUGAUUGCCUCUUCCAUUGAAAAGCUUGUUGCUGGCAGCUCAUAGGCCGUCGCCCUCGCUAGCUCCUUACUUUCGGGUUCCAAUCUCUCCAGGCGACUAGCUAAGAGUGGUUGGUUUGGCUGCUCAUAGCUAGGCCGUCGCCGUCGUCGGCGCUUUCUCCAUGAUUUUGUAAGGUCUUUUUAAAUUAGCGCAAGAUUUGGCCUUUGGCGACUUCCAAGCUACCACCGAAGAUGUCCAGUAAUCCAUCUUAUCAGCAGCUGGGAUUGGAGGCCAUGAACACUUGUUUCUUCGGCAGCGGCAUGAUCAGUUCCGAGGCACCGUUCUUCUACCCGAGCAUGGCGCACGAUCUGAGCUUCGGCUCCGGUGAUCCAGCCGGAGGCGGCGGAGCAGCAGACGUAGCGGCGCAUUACACGGCGAAUAACGCGAUGAUCACUUCGCCGGCGAACCAGCUGGUCUGGGCUGCCGCAGCUCCCUCGCAGGACAGCCACCACGCGAGCAUGUCGACGGAGGAGAUGAACGACGACGCCUACGCCGUCGUCCCUGGCGAGAGAUGCAGCACCGUGCACUCCAUGCUCCCUCCGGGCGUUGCGGGCUUGCCGGACUUGUUCCAGUACGGCCCGUCAGAUGUCACCAUUGCCCAGCCGUCAAAGAUGGCCAAGCUGAUUACCGGAGAGCCACUCUGCAGCAGGCCCUAUGCCGGCCCAAGCGCUGCGUCCAUCCACGACCCUUAUUACCUGACGGCGUUCUCCGCCGGCACCGGCUUUCGGGACCCGCCGGCGAGCGGCCUCUCUCUUGGGCUACGAGCCCAGUCUUCCUCGGUGACCAUGGCGAGCCUGCCGGACCUGUCCUCGGAGGUGAGCUGCUCCGGCCUGUCCCACGUGAACAGCGAAGGCUUUGGCUAUCAGCAGCCUCAGACCGCGAGGGCUCACCCUGGCACCGGCCUGUUCCAGCUUCCUCCUUACGGCGAUGUCGGUGCCGGCGGCGACGAGCUGCGGCACGUGUACCCACAGCUACACUCGAGGCCAGCGCACUUCUCGCAAGUGCUGCCGCGGUCGGGAUACGCGCACAUUGUCCAGGAGUUGCUGAAUGGGUUCGCCAGCUGCCUUCUGAAAGAUGUGCCCGAGAAUAUGGCUGACGAUUCAGUCAGUGGCAUUGGCAGCGAGGCGAGCCUGUUGCUCUCGUCGAGCUGCUCGGCGAGGACGCCGUCCUCGGUAAGCUCCAACCAGCUCAUGCUCACCUCCGACGAGCACCGGCAGGACACCGCGGACGGCGGGAGGUGGACGGAGGCCCAGAGGCUGAGGAACGAUCUCCUGGAAAUAUUACAGCUGAUGGAUCAAAGGUGCAACCGGUGCUUCGAUGACAUCCAGACCACGGCGACCAAGUUCAGCAGUAUGGUGGCGCAUCCAGGCGGCGGCGUCAUCGCCGCGCCGCCGUUCGCGCAGCGCGCGGUCUCCGCAAUGUACCGGAGGCUCAGGAAGCGGAUCACGGGCCUGAUCAUGGUGUCCGGCCGCGGGGAGCCGUCGUCGUCGUCGUCGCUGGCCGAGAAGGAGCGGAGCUGGGAGUCAGCCUUCAUCCAGAAGCACUGGGCGCUGCACCAGCUCCGGCGCGGCGACCAGCAGUCGUGGCGGCCCCAGCGCGGCCUGCCGGAGAAGUCCGUCGCUGUCCUCAAAGCCUGGAUGUUCGAGAACUUCCUCCGCCCGUACCCAAAAGACAACGAGAAGGACAUGCUGGCAGCGAGGAGCGGCCUGAGCAGGAGCCAGGUCUCCAACUGGUUCAUAAACGCGCGCGUGCGCCUCUGGAAGCCGAUGAUCGAGGAGAUGUACGAGGAGCUCAAGAAGAGCUCGGAAGGCAGCAAGAUCGAGCAUCUGACCAAAGAUGUCGUUAGUUAGAACUUAGAAAUGGCCGGCUAGGGUUGAAACUAGGCUGAGAGCUUCUGUAUAAGCAUUGUCUAUUGUAUAGAAAGUUUCAAUCGUUGCAACCCAUGAGCAUGUCUCUGGCUACUGUUCAUCUGACCAUUAUCUAUGGAACAUUGUAAAUUUUCCAGCCAAGUUGCAAGUAAUUAGAAAUAUUUUGUUCUGUAA